AUGCCGCUUACCGAGAAAGAAAGGAGACCCUCUCGUUCCGGCAACCGCAUCGCCAACUUCUUCACCUCUCCCAAGGGCGCCAAGGACAAGGACCACCAGACAGCCCAGCAAGCCCUCUUGGCCAUGCAGCAGCAAAAUAUUUCUUCGACCCAAAUCACUCCCUCCACCAUCUCGCUCCCCACCAUUUCCCUCUCAACCGCCACCGCUGGCGAGCCGGAUACCAACGAACCGCCUACUACUCUCUUUUCCCCUCCCUCCAUGGUAGAGACGGAGAAGAAGAGACGCUUCGAUGCUCAAUUCGGUCCUCUCCUUCACCCUAGUCACCGAUACGUGAGCAAGUCCAACGACGGCAAGCCGCUCGACCCGCCCAUCAUUGAUGAGCCGCCCUACUACUACGUCCUCACCACCUACAUCAGCUAUCUGAUUCUCAUUCUGUUCGGCCAUGCCCGCGACUUCUUUGGCAAGCGCUUCGGCGACAAGAAGCAUUACCAGGCCCUCAAGCCCCAGAAUGGAUAUGCCCCCUUGAACGAGGACUUUGACAAUUUCUAUGUCCGUCGUCUGAAGAUGCGCAUUGACGACUGCUUCGCGCGCCCCAUUACUGGCGUUCCUGGUCGCUACAUAACCCUCAUGGAUCGCGAGUCCAGGGAUUACAACCGUACCUACAAUUACACCGGCACCCAUACCGAGACCCUGAACAUGAGCUCCUACAACUACCUUGGCUUUGCCCAAUCCGAGGGCCCUUGCGCCGACGCCGUCGAGGAAUGCGUCAAGAAAUACUCCCUCAGCACCUGCAGCCCUCGUGCUGAUGUUGGUACUUCGGACUUGGCUCUCGAGGUCGAGAAGGAGAUCGCAUCAUUCGUCGGCAAGCCUGCCUCCAUGGUCUUCUCAAUGGGUUUCGUUACGAACGCCAGCUCUUUCCCUGCACUUGUGUCCAAGGGCUGCCUCAUUCUCUCCGACGAAUUGAACCACGCCUCCAUCAGAGUUGGUGCUCGUCUCUCUGGUGCCGUCAUUUCCUCCUUCAAGCACAAUGACGUUGUCGAUCUCGAGCGCAAGCUCCGUGAGGCCAUCUCUCAGGGUCAGCCUCGCACCCAUCGCCCAUGGAAGAAGAUUCUUGUCGCCGUCGAGGGCUUGUAUUCCAUGGAGGGAACCAUGUGCGACCUGCCUGGUAUCAUGGCUCUCAAGGACAAGUACAAAUUCUAUCUUUUCAUUGAUGAGGCCCAUUCCAUUGGCGCCGUUGGUCCCCGCGGCCGUGGAGUUUGCGACUACUUUGGCAUCGACCCCAGCCGCGUUGAUAUUCUCAUGGGUACACUCACCAAGUCCUUUGGCGCCAACGGUGGCUACGUUGCUGCCGAGAAGAGCAUCAUCGACAAGUUGCGCAGCUCCAACGCCGCAACCAUCUUGGGCGAGUCGCCUGCGCCUUCCGUCCUUAUGCAGAUUCUGGCCUCCCUCCGCCUGAUCACCGGUGAGCUCUGCCCCGGCCAGGGUGCGGAGCGCCUGGAACGUAUUGCCUUCAACUCCCGCUACCUCCGCCUCGGUCUCAAGCGUCUGGGCCUCAUCGUCUACGGCCACGACGACUCUCCCAUUAUCCCCGUCAUGCUCUACAACCCUGGCAAGAUGCCCGCCUUCAGUCACGAGAUGCUUAAACGUAAGAUUUCUGUCGUCAUUGUCGGCUACCCCGCAACGCCGCUCAUCAGCUCGCGUGUCCGGUUCUGCGUCUCUUCGGCCCACAACAAGGACGAUCUUGACAGACUUCUCACGGCGGUUGACGAGGUUGCCGAUAAGCUCCAAAUCAGAUUUUCCACCGGCAUUGCAGGCGGCCAAGAGCCUCUUCCCGAAGGCGUCACUCCUGAAAACGAAAAGGACUGGCGCAAGGCCAACGGCUUGGAAGGCACCUACAAGCCCCCUCGCUGGAAGCUCGAGGAUGUUAUAGCUCGCGGUGUCCAGGAUGCCAAGAUGCGCUUGCGAUAA